AUGGGGAGUCUUUUCGACAGGAUUGGCGCGCCGAAUAAUUCGCAGGCGGGUGGGCAAGCACAGGGUGGAGGAGGAUUAUUUAGUGGUGGUAACACAGCUGCCACGGGCAGUGCGCCUGGUGGUGGUGGGUUGUUUGGGGGCUUAGGGGCGGCUGGCGGUCAAGCUGCUGCUGGAGGAUUGUUUGGGAAUACAACGGGGACCUCCAAUGCUGGAUCUGGAGGGCUGUUUUCGAGACCGGCUACCACGAAUGCUGCUCCGGCGGGAGGACUGUUUGGAGCUGCACCUGCGGCUUCGAGUGCUGGAGGUGGGCUGUUCGGUAACACUACAACCACAACAUCGGCAGGUGGUGCGCUGUUUGGCAACACGGCUGCACCGUCACAGCCUGCUGGCACUGGCCUGUUCUCAGGAGCAGCAGCGAGGCCUCAAAACACCACCGGGCCCAGCCUCUUCGGUAACAGCAAUGCACCGGCAAGCAGCACGAGCCUCUUCGGUAACGUGACUAUGACUGCUCCACAACGACCGGGCCAGCUUUUCGCCUCGACAGCAAACUCCCAAGCACAACAAGGUGGAAAUGCUAGCGUGUUUGGCAACGACAUCCUUCCUGCCCAGCAAGUAGCACCAAUAAUCGAGCGAUACGAUAAUCCGGGCGCCCCGGCUGCACAACCUUCGUACUUCCAGGCUUUGCUUGACAAGGGCAGCAAAAGAGUGGCUGAUGAGAAUCUGGGGCUACCACAGCUGCAGUAUGGACUUCAAGAUAUUGCGCGCAAGGUACGCAAUGUCGGACAAGGCGGGCCGAGUGCAGGACAGGCUGCGCGAGAUUCACGAUCACCAUAUGUCCUCGCUGCUUCUGGAGUGAAUGUGGGUCAGUCACUGAGGGAUAUUGAAGAGCUGAUGGACACCACCACAUCCGUCACCCGGCCCUCCAUCUCUCACUCGCAAGACUAUAGUCAGCUCUCCGGCGUAAAGGACUUCCUAGGCGACUACCACAGACGCAGUUUUCAAAAAAUGAUCGAUACCCGACUCGAAGCUGCACAGCAGGAUUUCGACAAGAUGGUCGAUGAGGCCUUACACAUGCAGCCCAUCGACUGGCAGAGAUACAGAAACCGGAUCGAUGUGCACUUCGGUCUGCGAAAGCCUGAUGAGACCAGUGACGACAUACCUGCGGGCUCUGUCGCAGACACUGGUAGCUUUGGAAGAUCGUCGAGGCGAAGCAAGUUCCAAGGUUCUACCUUCGGCCUUGCAAGCGCAUCUCGUUCUGUCAUUGGUGCUCCGGGUUCAAACGGCAUGCGUCAGAGCACUUUCAACGAUGUGGCGGAGAAGUUGCCUGCCGAUGGAUUCAGGCCUGCGCCCGAAGAUCGCACCCAGAGGCUAAAGCAGGACAAGUAUAGUGGUAAAGUCAAGGAUCUGAAUGUGGCGCGCAUACAGGAGAAGGCAUACCCGAUUCUGACUCGCUUCGCUGAAGUCGAGGAGGACCCCACGAACGAGGAUACCUCGAUGCUGGUGAGUGCCUACAAGGCUCUCGUCUCAAUCACCGGCGAGGAUACUUCCAAGGAUAGUCUGGCCGACCCUGCUGUACCUAAGGAGCGUCAAUUCGCUCGCGAUUACCUCGAGGACAAUUCUAGGACGAAGGGCUCGAUUGCGAUGCGUGAGCGUAUCCUCAAUGGCUCGCGCUCGUAUCUGGAGAGGAGCUUUUACAGUGCACUCAAGACUACCGUGGCGAAGAAUCCACGCGAAGCUAAUAUCGGCGGCGUGCCUACUUCUGUUGCCGAAGUGAAGGGCUACGUUCGCGUUCGUGCUGCACGGAAGGAGCUUGGUGCUGAAGUGGAGAAGCUGCAAGAUAUUAAUGGUGAUUAUGGUUGGGCGGUCAUUUUCUACCUUCUCCGCAGUGGACUGUACGAGGAGUCCGUGCAGUAUCUUGAAGAGAAUGCUGCAGCUUUCAAGCAGAUCGAUCGCAAGUUUAACAACUAUCUUCGCACUUUCGUGAAGAGUUCUGAGCGUCGACUCCCCCCCGAGAUGCAGACGGCGGUCAACAAUGAGUACUCGCAACGUACACGUUUAGCUCCUGAGGACUCACUGGACCCGUACCGCAUGGUCUGCUACAAGAUCAUCGGUCGCUGUGAUUUAACCCGUCGCAACCUCGACACGAUCAAUAACGAUAUGAUGGACUGGCUAUGGCUUCAAUUCGCUCUGGCACGGGAAUUCCAGCGCUCAGAGGAGAUGGCACACGAGUCCUUUGGCCUCGAGGAUCUGCGCCAGAGCAUCAAGGAGAUUGGCGAGAGGUACUUUGGCGCUGGUAGUGACAUCGCAAAUGCCCCGACCACGCUCUUUUUCAUGCAGAUUCUGGCUGGGGCGUUCGAGAAAGCCGUGGCGGAUCUGUAUGCGCAUAGUUAUGUCUCGGCUACGCACUUUGCGAUUGCCUUGGACUUCUACGGGUUAUUGCGGGUCAGCAGCGACUUGACCAACGACGAUCUGUUGACGUAUACGACACGAGAGCAAGCGCAGAUCGCUUUUGGCAGUCUUAUUGGCCUGUAUACUCGCGACUUCAGGACUGCGGAUGCGACGGCUGCGGUGGACUACCUGACCUUGAUAUGUUUGAACGCUGAUCUGACGGGUGAGAUCGGUAAGAGUCAGAAGGAGUUGUGCUAUCAGGCGAUUAUCGAAGUCAUUCUGGAGACUCGUGAGUUUGCACAGCUGCUUGGCGAUAUCCGCUCAGAUGGUCAACGAAUCAAGGGUGCUGUUGAGCAGCGUCUUCGGCUUAUCAAGCUGGAUAAAGAGCGUGACUUCCUCAAGCAGAUCACACUCGUCGCGGCUCGUACGGCGGAAGAGCAGAGCAGGACUACGGAUGCUGCUCUCUUGUUCCACCUGGCUGAGGACUACGACAAGGUGAUUGAGAUCGUUAAUGACGCCGUCUCGGUCUACCUUACAACUGAGCUAGGCGAGCAGCCGGCACAUCUUACACCGCUAAAGCCUCGUGCACCACAGCAGCAACAACAGGAUCCACGUUUAAGCAGUCUGAGCUUAACUGCUAUCGAUGAUCCGCUUGAACUGGCAUUGAGUAUGCGGAAUCUGUACAUGUCUAAUGAUGUCUACGUCACGAAGAUCAAGGCGGAGAAUCUAGAGAUUACUUCACGACUUGCUACCUUGGCUUCUGCGCGGAAACUGCUGGAGCAGGGGAAAUGGGCCGAGUGUAUUGAUCAAAUCUCCACCUCCUCCCUCCUCCCCACCACAGCCUCCGGCCACCUCUCCAGCAUCCGCACCCAAGCCCAAUCCUUCAAUGAAUUACCUCCUGUCCUCGCCCGCACAAUCGGUCACGUGAUGCUCUGGACCGUGGUAGCCUGCUCAAACAACAUCGAUCGUUUGCGGCAAGCGGAGUUCGAGACCGGGUUUCAGAGGGAGGCGAUGGGGAGGUGUACGCAGAUGGCGAAGGAUACGGUGGUUUUUGCGGGGUUGAUACGGUAUAGGUUGCCAGGGCGGGUGUGGGAGAUGCUUGCUAAUGCUGGGAGGGAGAUGGGGGCUUAUUGA